AACACAUGCAUGUGGCAAUGGCAUCACUCACGUGACAUCUGUUGACUUCGUCAUUUUACCUUUAUACCCUCACUACCACCGACACAACCUUCAGACAUCAUCGUCAUUUAACAAAACAGUACCUACCCCCCAAUCCACCACUGCCAAUAAUAUUCUCCCGCGGAAACAUUCUUCUCCGUCGGCCGGCACAAUUUCCGCUCCAUUUUCUUAUCCUCCACCGCAUCGGGUCGGGUCAUCCAAACAGUUCCACGAGACACCUCCACACAACAGAGAGAGUAACUAAACCAGGUUGUUGGAGUUGUUCUGUCACAAACCGAACCUUAUUCCAAACAUAGCCAUUGUCAUUGUCAUUGUCAGAACGAGAAGCCAUUGCGUUUUACAAAGUCUACCAACAAUGCCUUCGGUUAGGGAUUGAUUAUAUUACUCAGAUCCAGGCCCCCAACCGUGUGCUGAAGUGCAUUUCGCAAUUUGCAAUUUGAGUAAAAAUAAUAAUAACAACAAUGGGAGAAAAAUCGGGUUCCAAAGGUUGUUGCGGUUGGUUUAUCGCGUUUCUGGUUCUGGCUCUCGUCGUUGUUGCUGUUGUUAUUGGCGUUAAGAAGAAAUUUGGUCACUCCGGUUCCGAUAAGCCUGCUCCGGUUCCCGGUCCCCCUGGCGCCGUUGAUCAAAAAUACUCCUCUGCACUCAAAACGGCAUUGCAAUUCUUCGACGUACAGAAAUCUGGUAAGUUAGUCGACAACAAAAUAAGUUGGAGAGGGGAUUCAGCUCUUAAGGAUGGGAGCCAAGCGCAAUUGGAUCUGACGAAAGGAAUGUACGAUGCCGGGGAUAACAUGAAGUUUGGUUUUCCGAUGGCUUUUACGGCCACCGUGUUAUCGUGGGCCAUUCUGGAAUAUGGAGAUCAAAUGGAUCACGUUGGCCAGUUAGAGCAGGCACAGGAUUCGCUCAAGUGGAUCACUGAUUAUCUCAUCAAUGCACACCCUUCUGAGAAUGUUCUUUAUAUUCAGGUGGGUGACCCUGUUGCAGAUCACAAGUGUUGGGAAAAACCAGAAGCCAUGACUGAUGCACGACCACUCAUACAAGUGAAUGCAUCUUGUCCUGGAUCAGAUGUUGCAGCUGAAACUGCAGCAGCCAUGGCCUCAGCAUCUUUGGUCUUUAAAAGGACUGAUUCUACAUAUUCAAGCACUCUCCUCAAGCAUGCAAAACAAUUGUUUACUUUUGCUAACAAGAAUAGAGGAUCUUAUAGUGAGAAUAUACCCGAAGUUCAGACAUAUUAUAACUCAACUGGAUAUGGUGAUGAACUUUUAUGGGCAGCUAGCUGGCUCUAUCAUGCUACAGGUGAUGAUUCUUACCUUGAGUUUGUGACUGGCCAAGAUGGAGAAGACUAUGCUCAAUGGGGAAGCCCAACCUGGUUCAGUUGGGAUAACAAGCUUGCCGGAGCUCAGGUUUUGUUAGCUAGAUUAAGCUUUUUUAAGGCAAAGGACAUUUCAAAUUCGUAUGGCUCUGGGCUCAGUAGUUACAGGAAAACUGCUGAGGCUGUAAUGUGUGGUCUUCUUCCGGAUUCUCCAACAGCCACAAAAAGCAGAACAGAUAGUGGUCUUAUAUGGGUGAGUGAAUGGAACUCGCUGCAGCAUCCUGUUGCAUCUGCAUUCUUAGCUGCUGUUUACAGUGACUAUAUGCUUACAUCGCAGACACCAAAACUAAAAUGUGAUUCAGAAUCCUUUACCCCGUCAGAUCUUCGAGACUUUGCCAAGUCUCAGGCUGAUUACGUAUUGGGCAAGAAUCCUAUGAAAAUGAGUUUUCUGGUGGGCUAUGGAGAUAAGUACCCAGAAUUUGUGCAUCAUAGGGGGGCUUCAAUUCCUGCUAAUGCAAAAACUGGCUGCAAGGAUGGCUUCAAGUGGCUUGAGUCAUCUAAUCCUAAUCCCAAUGUAGCUACUGGAGCACUUGUUGGUGGACCCUUCAAAAAUGAGACUUUCAUCGAUUCCAGGAACAAUUCCAUGCAAACAGAACCAAGCACAUACAACAGUGCUGUCAUAGUCGGUCUCUUGUCAAGUUUAGUCACCACAUCUUCAAUUGUUCAAUCCUUUACCUAAGCUGUAGCUUCUUCUCCGUCCCCAAUUGCACGUAAAAAGGUUGUUAGACACAGGUUUGUGUUUUUUGUAGCUUGGUUCAUUUCCUGAUCCUGACAAAUGAAGUGUUGUUAAAAGCACGAAACAUGAUAUUGUAACGAUAUGCUUGCUUGUAUGAGUGUAAACCGCGAGGUAUGGAUAGGUUUAUCGUGAAUAUAUGUACGGGUGUAGUUUGAUUUGGCAUUAUUAGCUCAGCAGGUGUGGAGCUAUUUUGUUGUAGUUGUUUGUAGAACACAUCUUUAAAAUUUAUUAUAAGUAGUAGUACUCGUACUAUUGUUAUCAUUA